AUGCUUAUGUGUGUGGCUCUUGAUAUUCAUCGAUGCAGCAGUCAAAUUCUACAAUUUGAUGAAAAAUAUUUCACUCAUCUGUCAUCGACUCUUUUUAAUGCUGGGAUUCCACGACCUCAAUUUUCAAGUUGUUUUCUUCUGAUAGUGAAGGAUGAUUCAUUUGAAUGCAUCUACGAGACGUUGAAGACGUAUGCCAUAAUCUCGAAAACGGCUCGGGAGCUAAUAAUUACUCGGUGA